UCUGUCCCUGGCAACAGGCAGCUAUCCUCAGACCGAUCCUCACACCGUCAACAUGAAGCUUACGCUCCUCAUCUGCCUGGUCGCCGUGGCCGCCGCCGCCCCAGAAAAAGACGCUAAGACUGUGGUGGACGAGCGAAGUGACUCCGGAGACGGGAAUUUCCACUACAACUUCGAAACCAGCAACGGAAUAGCUGCCGAGAAGACUGGAACCCCGGGCUCUGAGGGACAGAGCAACUAUCAGGGCUCCUUCAGGUUCAAACUUCCCGACGGCACGAAUGCUGAGGUCCGCUACAUCGCCGACGAGCUCGGCUACCGCCCUGAGUCUCCACUGAUCCCCACGCCCCACCCUCUCCCUGCCCACGCUGUCGAGCAGAUCCGCGUCGCCGAGGAGCAGCGCGCUAGGGGCAUCACCUUCGACUAAUAAGUACGAAGUCGACCUGUUGCUCGACAUUUCUGUAAUUCCCUUAACUUUUCGAAUAGAAUGAACUCCUGACCACAACUUUGGGGUGUCUUACAGCACGCCAGAUCCUAGCCACAAUUGAACGUUUUUAGAAAUGUACAAUAAAGAAUUUGUUUGCA